UGCCAUUUUUUCAGCUAUCUUGGUGUACAGGUCACCAGAACGCGCCUUUAAAACUUCUCACCGUUUGGAUGUAUCAACCAAACCCCUUCGUUGUGCUGCGAUCAACAUCUAACAAUGGCUUCAGUCUACAGCUGUAGGGAAUGCGGAACCAACCUCAACCUCAACGCCACCCACCUCUUCCCAUCGGACUUCUACUUCGACGCCGGCAACAAAGGCACCCUCUCCUUCGCAUGCGUCGACGCCACUAAGUUCCGAUUCGAGAAAGAGGACAAGAUCAGGCCCUUUUUCGAGACCCUGGAUUACUGGGGAAUCCAAAGGAAGAGGACCAAGAUCAAGUGCAAUAGCUGUGGCCGUCUCGUUGGCUACAUCUACGAUGAUGGUCCUCCUCUCACCGACAGUCCCGGUCAGCUCCAUUUCGGCCCCAGUCAGGUCAUUCCUCGAGCCCCCAGGUACAGGUUCAAGACCAAGACUCUCCAGAUUGCUUCUCAGACUUGAUUCAUCUUCUCUUUCCUGAGUUGAUUUCAGGGUUUCUUUACACACAGAGGAUCAAUAAGGUUUUUAUUUUGGGGUUUCCCCCCCUUUCUUUUGUUGUAUACUGGUUGCGUGUUUGUAUAGUAUGGUAAAACUUUGAUUUCCCCAUCUUCAUGCGGAUGUGUUAAUUGGAAUAAAUUUCUAUUUUUAUUUCC